GUAUCCUGUGUAAUUAUAUUUGCACAGUGCAAAACGAUUUGAAAUUUCACAGCAUAUAAACAUAUAAUAUCGGAUUUGCGAAUAACACGCGAGCUUAAUCUCUACAAUAAUAAUGAGAUCGUAUUGUUUCCGCUGUUUUCAGCUGUGCGCAGUACUUGGAGACACGCGCCUGCAUACUAGCGUUUGCGCAUCGUUCUCCGCUUACCUGUUAACACGGCAGUCACCUUGUAGCGUGGAGCAGUACGCCAUGCCGUGGCCGAGGCGUGCAGCGGGCACGCUGGAGAGUGCAUAUUAGACAGUGCGAAGCGCUCAGACUUGAGCAUUCGCCGGCGAGCGGUCGGUGACUACGGUGCAGAGGUGUUUUUAUACGAUCGCGCGGCGUCCGCUCGUUUUCAUACGCGUACUCACUCGUCAGUGAAUUUCGCUUCCGCUUGUUCUUCUCGUGUCACCGUAUUAAACAGUAUCGAACUGUAACGUAACUACGUAACGGUCGGUUGACUCGAGAGAUUCCGCAGUGUGUCAAUUUAUUGCCACAAGUGGCAUACCAGCGUGUCGGCGCACCAGUCCGCAUGUUCGCUCGCGGUGCGACCGGAACUCCGUCGUCCAGCGACGUGGUCCAGAAGAUGCAGUCGAAUCCCGGCGAUUGUGGAAAGUGAACUUGUCGAAAGGAGAGGAGAGAAAUCGGAGAAUAGAGAGUGGGAUUUUUGACGGCGAUCGUCGUCAAUGUGGAACUCUUGAGAAAUAUCGGUAGCGCGCUUCUGGUGACAAGAAGAAAAUUUCGAGCGUCACUCGCUCCGCAGACAGUGUACGAAAUCGUGGAAAUUUGGGAACGUGACAAGUGAACGAAGCUCGAGGGCUCCGUCGUUUAGUCGAUUAACGCGCGCCAAUUCCCCGAUUUCGCGGUUACACGCUCGUUUAAAUUGGCUGUCACAAAUUCGAGAGGCUCGGCGCCGACUUGCCCGCGGAUAGGAUUGCAACGAGAGGAGCCAGUGAAUCCACAUACGAGAGCGACAUUUCGAAAGAUCGAUGUGUCGUCGGGUCUAAAAAGGUGGCUCUUACUCAACACGACGUCUAUCGCGCCGUUCGGAAGCGUGCUUGGAAUGAGCGCCGCGUUUUCAAGCCGCUAUGCGAAGUUGCCCCUACAGUUUGAACGUGAUUAGUGGAUGCGCAACAGGCGACCGAGUGUCACUCGGUGGCGCGGAGUUGCGAUGUGAGUAAAUAGAAACUUCGCGGACGGACGAAACUUCAGAAGCACAGUAAACAAUUCUGAAUCAUCGUCGGAAAAUAUCUGACUGUAUCAUUGUGCGUUUACUCAGUUUCAUGCGUUCUCUCAUGAAGUAUUAAAAAAUAUUUCAUAACAUUGUCGUUGUGUAAAGACGAGUACUAUAUAUUUCGCGUUGAUUCGUUCAGUGACACGUGUGCUUUUGUAAAUAUUUGUCGGACUGAAGAAUACGUGCAACAUGAUUAAAUAAGAAACGACUGGAACUUGCGAGAGCCAAGAGAAAAACGCAUUAAUUGGACAGUAUAUGAUGCGCAAACGCGGCUCGGAUGGCACCUAACAUCCACGUCUGAUGACAAACGUGAACAGGAUCAGGGUGGUCGUCCUCGGCGGCCCCAGAGUCGGGAAAUCAGCCGUAGUGGUGAGGUAUUUGACGAGGCGAUACAUCGGCGAGUACAGUUCAACCAGUGAUUUCCUGUACCGGCACUGCGUUACCAUCGAUAACGUUAAUACCGAGGUCGAGAUACUGGACACUUCCAGGUGCGAGGAAAACGGUUGCCUUUACUCGCACAUACGAUGGGGCGAGGCUUUCGUGAUCGUUUACAGCGUUACGUGCAAACGAAGCUUUCAGGAAGCCCGCGGAUUGCUGAAGCAACUGGCUGAUUUACGAUUGCCAUCCUACUUCACCGCUCUGCUGCUUGGCAAUAAGAGAGAUCUGGACCAUGCUCGAGAAGUAUGCGUGGACGAAGGCCAGCAAUUAUCCCUCGCGCAUGGCUGCCAAUUUUACGAGGUCAGCGCGGCGGAGAGUCCCGCGGGUGCUGCACUCGCGUUUCAAGCCCUCCUCAGGGAGGCGAGGUCGGUGCAACUGCUCCGAGCUCUCCCUAUUCGCCGGAAGUUGGGCGUCCACUCGGUCUCGAGGGUGCUCGGCACGAUAUUCGGCAAGAACACGACGAAGGACCGGAAGAAGAGGCCCUCGUUGAGUAUAUGACGCCUCCUCUGCGCCCUCCUCCUCGGAGGUCGUGACGAACCCGGCAGGAGAACCGACGUGGUCGUUCUCAGCAGCAACGUCUACUCGAACCGUUGACGAGGACAUGGAAAUUGAUCGUCCAUGCAGAAAUGAAGCGAAAAGCCGACUUUCUUUUUGAACUAAAGAAAGGGUGAAGAAUGUUUUCAAUGUCCUCUGAGUGCAGCAGUUCAUGGAGUUUUGUUACAAAGCAGGAAGACGUUGUUCGGUGGUUAAAGGUAAAAAGAUCUGUCAUCUCUCGUGAGAAACUACGAAUCGCGAACAUUCGACAAACCGUCCUUGAACGAGCGACAUUUGUCGUCCUAUUGAGUAAGAGUGAAAGUUCAAGGGAGCUCAUCUGGAGGGGAAGAUAUUCGAAAAAUCGAAGGGAAAUAAACUUCCUAACUUAUUACGAUAUGUACUUAUAUCGAAAGCUUUACUGUUGCUCGGUAGAACAAUGUUUGGUUUGUGGUUACUCAGAGGGAGGGAAGAGGGUGCAGGAGGCGUGUAUCCGUUUGUGGUGGCGUGUUAAGAACUCCGGGAGUUCGAUCGGAAAACGAGAGAAUCGUCUACGCUCGGAUAAUAAAAAGGCCGGUUUACCUGACAUUUGCGUGAGAUACCCGCGCGCAGAAAGACGUUUUCGUUUGAUAUCCGGCGGAGACAUUCGUGAGAACAGAGAAUUGAGCGAACCGUGUGAACGAUUGCCGUGGAAACGGCGACGAAUGAUUCUGGCCUUGUGAAAUAGGGCCAGAAAAUCGAGAAUCCGAUUACCCGUUUUUAUUGUCUUCGUUCGUCGCGUAUCCUAUACUCGUUUCCUUCCAUUUUCUUUUCCACUUCUAUUUCGUCUCCGUUCUUAGAUUUGUCAGCCCAGAAAUUCCAAAAAUUUUGGAACUUUGUUAGAAAUAGUUUUCUUCACUUUUUUUAUUAUCAUUUAUGGUUCUCGAGAUAUUUCACGAAAAAACUUUCUUUAACGAUUAAUUUCAUACUUAUAAAGUGUACUAUGACACGUACAAAAAGUAGACGUAACUUAUUUCGCUUGUAUGUAAAAUUUCAUAAUUUUUGGAAUUUUCUUAGAGAAUGAAUCUUCUUCUUCAGAGAUGAAACUUCGAAUGUUUCUGCCCGAGUCUUGGCGAUUCGAGCGACGCUGUUCCUGAACGUAGUAGCUUUAAGCGUGACCGGAUAUUGAGGGAAUUCUCAUCAGGAUGAUCUUUUUAUCAAGAAAGAUGUUAGCGUGAUUGGAGUGUGAGAGAGUGCGAGUUGACUGUUGAAGAUCUUGCUGCUCGAACGAGGUAAGUCUUGAAUGAAUUGUACAUACUUACGGGUAUUCAGAAUAGUUGGAAUGUUCAUUUCUCUUUGUACAUGUAAAAGGUCCUAGUUCCUAUAUCUAUCGAAUAAUUUAUGAUGGAUACAACAAAAAUAAUUUUGAUGCAUUGAUCGAAUUAACGUUUUUUUAUUCUUGAAACGAUAAUAAAAAAUCGUGAUGAGUUCGGUGUAAAUUAAAUUAUAUAAAAUCGCAAAUCGCUUUCUGGCUAAGUGACUUGAAAAGUGUUUUUAUUCACUUCGUUUACAUAGACGUUGAUGUUACCUGCUCCUAACGUAUUUUUAAUGUACGUAUGUUUCUUAAAUAGAAACGUGAAUGAAAUCGUUGGUAAGUUUAGUUUCGCUUAACCUUUCAAUGAUCUCCUCAGAUAAAAAAGAAAAAUUAUUGGGUUAAAGCCAAAUAAACGACUUAGGACUUGGAAUAAUAAUUAUGGAGGGCAAGUUUUCUAUCUGUCGUGACGCACGACGAUUAAACGGUUAAAUGUGACACGUGUUCCGUUUUAUUUUACCAUAAGUACGUGUCGUAAACAUUUAAUGUCUUUCGGAGCAAAGUAUCUCUAUAAAGUCAUAGUUGUCAAUUUGCAUUUCGCAUCGUUUAUAAUCCAUUCGCGAAUAAUCGUGGUUUUCAUUUCAUUUUAACAUCUAUAGUAACAAGUGCCGCAUAGAAUAUCGACACUCAAUUGCUUGCAAUGAUACUCAAGUUCGUUUGUUAGUAGAACAAAGCUUUCAGUUUAAUCCAUUGAAACGAUUGUAUGCACCUGAUGAGAGAAUUCCACAUAUUAUCGGUCAUUUUUUUAAUCGCACUCGGUUUGUCACCGAGGGGAUGCGAUGAGCUCGAUCGAUUCUCGUCUCCCUGUUGCGGAAUCGGAAACGAGUCGUACUCGAAAUGAAACCCGAGAGUCUUUCAAAUUUUGCAGUCUCCGCAGAGCGAAGAACGUUUACUCGCGCGGACUACGCUGCAUUUCGCGUUCUACCAUUUAGAAAGAUAGAGGAUCACUCGUGAUCGAGUGAACGUUGGUGGAAUUGAUCGACGGUCGCGAGACGAAGUAAUUAAUCACCUGCGCUCGUACGCAAUUUGUUAAAUAUUAUUCUUGAGAUCCUACGGUGGCGUUCAUAGUUCUUGUUUCACGAACACAGAUUGUGUUUCAUUAUUUAAUUCGAGUGAGUGACAGCUAUUUUAUUAAAUCUCUCUUUUCGGAUUUUCAAAGGAGAGAGCGACUGAGGGAGAAACAAGAAUUCAUGAAUCACACUUUCUGCUCCCACGGUUCUCCUCGUCUCGGGCUGUCGAUGUUCCGGGGUACGAGCCCAAUACCUGCGAAACAAAACGGGACGCGGGUCUCCGUUUCUCGAGAUCGAACUUCCGGUUUUCGUGUAAUCGAUUCGACAACCUUAAUGUUCCUACUGAAAGUAGCCUAAGUGUACAUAGCACGUUACAUUCACCGAGUGUGGAAAUCUCGAGGAUAAUCUCGAGGAUUCGUUCGAUGCAUUAGAUUCGUAAGAUGAAACAAGUUACAGGAAACAGGUAAUGCAAGAAGGGUCCAGUUGGGUUUGCUGGGUCAGCGAUUGUGCUCUUACGUUCAGACGGAUAUUGAAUGCAGGAUGAACCAGAGUACGUUCAGAGUGCAGACAUAAAUUAUGCAAUAUACACGUGUGUAUAUGCAUUUGGGACGGUAUCGUGUGUGUCUGUUGAUAAUGGUAAUCUUUGUACAUAUGCAUGUAUGUAUAGAAUAUGUGAUUUAGAAACAGGAAUCGAAAAUCUGUUAAACAUCGAUUGUGAUACUCUCACGACGAGAUAAAUAUCCAAGAGUAUUAUAAUAAAAUCAUGUAUUUUCUCUGCCUGAUAUAGUAUUGGUAUUACUAGUAUCAGCACAGAACUGUAUAGAAACACGGAACAAAUGUAUUAUUGCUAGAGCAAUAUUAUGAUUGAACCUGUAAAUUACAAAAUUCUAGUACAACACCUGUAAUCUAUGUGUCAUAAGGUGUGUUAUCCUGCGUUCAAUAUGCGUUUAGGCUAAAAGUAUCUCUCGUAGCGAGACUUGCGAAUCUCAGGAGUCAUUCACGCUCAGUCAUACGUGAUAAUUUAAAUCUGUGCUGUCUAAAUUCUAUUCUGAAGCUUGGGAGGUAAUCUGUUUUCAAGAUUCUUGCUUACAAUUGUCUAUUUUCGUACAGGCUGAGAUGUCAUGCGAUACAUUUAUGGAUUUGUUAACUUUCUUAAUAUGACGUGUUUUAAAAAGGGCAGCAUCGACUUAAAUCAAUGACUCAGUUUCAUUUAAUUCGUUGCAAGUUCACGUAGUUUCCUUCGUCGACGAAACAAUCUAUAGGUUGAAGAAUUUUUUUAUAAGAAAGUAAAAGAGAAAAAAAGAUCGUUUUUUCUACGAUUAUACACAGUAAGCGACUUAGAUCGAGUUUUUAAGAUGUUUAAUUGUAAGUCAUGUUGUAUAUAAAGUUCUUUCAGUGCCUUUCUUUAUCUCUAGCGUUGUUGAGUGCACGAGAGUUCGAUUUGGUCUCGCGAAGUCACCUUUUCUUAGCUUUUUCCUUAUGAAUGAAACGACGUGUUUUGAAAAUUAUCAUAUGUGUGAGUGUGGGUCAAUCAAUAGAUUUUUUUUACAUCACUUUCAAUGUCAUUAAGUGAGGAGGUUGUGUGAUCUGUCGUUGGUUGGAACUUUUAUUCGAUUUCAUCAGUUUGAAACUGCUGUUCAAUUUAUUUGGAAAAUUCUCUUGUGAAAUAACUUGGAUUUACAAAAUGUAUCGGAGUAAAGGAAUCAUGAAAUCAAGUCGAUUCUUUAAUAUGUUUGGACAGCAGCUGAUUAUUUUCAUCGCAGUUUUUCUACGCUUUUUUAUAUUUUUGUACCCUCGCUGGAAUCUUGCAUGAUUCACGGUCGAGUUCCCACUUUUUUUUUUUAUAAAACGUAAUCCGUGUAAGUGGAGCGCUAAAUAUUUGUAAAUACGCCAGGAAGUUGAUGAUCUCCACCGAACGGCUAAAAUUACUUUGACGAGAGGAAGGGAAAAGGUUUAUUCGCGAGCCGCGUAACCGAGGGAUGAAAGUAUGUGCUUCCAAGAGUGUGCCUAAAAAAUAAAAAAAAUCGAUACAUUCCAUAAGUGUGCGAAAUCUGAGAACGUUGAGAUGAAUCGAGUAUCCAUAAGAAUCGUGAGGACGUGAGAGUAUGUUAUGCGAUUUCUCGAAUUUCUGGCCGAUAUCGAUCGCUGUAUUUUGAGUGCUAGUCACUUGUUAUCGUAAAUUGAGAAAGAAUAAAAUUCUUUUGUUAAAUU